GCCUCUCUCUAAACAGUAGGUCUCUCUCUCCUCCCAGUACCUCAGCUGUCUGCUUCAGGGCCUCCAAGCCCAUCCUGUCUUUUCGAAUUUAUGACACCCCAACUGUCAUUGGAGUGACCAGGGCACCACCCAAGGGACUGAAGAACUAGACUACACCAAAAACACCAUUUUGGCCACCCUGGUUCCCAUGGUAACAGCUGGUACCCAUCUGAUGUGAGGAGACAUUUUCAGUAAGGCUGGAGGUGGAAGGCCAUUUUACAUGAUACGAAAUGGACGUCUGCCUCCUGUAGAUUUCAGCUGGAGGUAGACACAAGAUGGAUAAAUAUGGGUCUCCAGUUGUGGCAGGUUGCUAGAUAAAUGGCCACAAGGAAGCCCCCUAAUGAAAUCGAACCCGAGACGUGCUUUGUCGCCCUCCCGACAUCGGAACGCCAAAUUGUACCGGCUGUCCAGUUGGAGCAACGCCAAAUCAAGAUGACCUACCUAACCGAGGCAGAGAUGCCACCAGCAUCCAUUGCCACGGCAACAACAUCCAGUGGUGAGCCGUCCAUGAGCGCGGAUAUCACCCUGGAUGAGGAAAUCACCAUGGGAACCGGUGGUGGCCAGUUAUUGAUGCCACAAGGGCUGUCUGCAACUCCUUCGCCAGAUGUGUCUCAAGUCUUGGAGUUUUUUGAGGAACAGGACAAAUCCAAAGGUCAAGGGGUUAAGAAAAUACCUGUCAAGACACGAACACCUAGUCCAAGCCCAGUACGCCAGAGUGUUGGGUUAGAUCACCUUGACAACUUAGUCCGGCUGAUGGAACAACUUUCCAACCUCAAAGAUGAGAACUCCAAGCUGAAGAGGAAGUGUGCAUAUCUUGAAAGUACAAAGAGCAUUCUGGAGGUGAAGACAGCCCUGGAGCAGGAAAUUAUGUCACAGACAGAAUAUAGCUAUGCGAGGUCUGAGCAGACGUCCUACGGCAAGCACAAGGUCAGUCGACCUAGGCUCCCUAGUGCCGAGGACAUGUGCUUUUUUGACCUAGAACAGUCUGCUUCGGACUCGUAUAGCUCAAAACGUUCCAAGCAUGUCACCCACAAGAGAAGUCGCUCAACUGGCUCUCUAGACAUUCCAUCUGAAAUCCUAGAACAAUCGGGAGAAGAGGAAAACCUGGAUAAAGUCCACUCUAAGUCCUACGAAAAGACGGAUAAAUCUAAAAGUUUAAAAUCUUCCUCUUCAAAACGUAAAUCAAAGGUUUCAAAUUGGGUGAAGUUCAAAAGAGUCAUAACAAAACCAAGAUUUCCAGAAGAUAUUGGAUUUAGUUUAAAAUCCAUUAAAGAUUUAGGAAGAGGGAGCAAAGAAUUAACUGUCCCAAUUAGUACUGUUGAAAAUCGGUCUGUAGACAGUGGAGUGGGAAGUGGGCUAGAGGUCGAAGGUCAGGAAGUUCGAAGGUCAACAUCAUCAGGAGAGCCGUCAAGUCCAACUCAAGGUCGUGAACUUGGAGUAGAAGGAGAAGGUGAGGAAGAAGAUGAAGAGGAGGAGUUCGGAACAGAAAUUUGGAUGGGGGACCCGGAAUGGCUCGAAAAACAUGAAAGUGAGAUCGAAUCGGAUGUCACUAAGGAAGUUAUUGUCUUAAAUACGGCAACAUCCGGUGAGCAGUACCUAAAUGUAACAAUUCCACGACGAAAAUCCAGCCCAUCGUUAAUUGAUGAUACACCAACUGACCUGACCGAGGAAUAUCUAAACUUAAGACGUUCGUCCAGCUACAAAGGGAGGUCAUCACACGGUGACCUCUCAGAUCUCAAGGACACAAGCACAGACUCUCCUAAACUUGGGAAGAAAAAACCAACUUGGGGUAAGCGUGUCAAAAGUAUAGUUCACACGCGUAAAGAUAGUAUUAAAAGAAAACUUAUUGGUAAAAGGGGAGAACUUGAACACAGCAAUGAGGAAUUGCUUGAGGCAGAAAUUUGUGAGGAACGGUACACCGAACAGGAAGGACCGUUAGGAAGAUCGACACCAAAAACCUCACCAAUGUGUAUCCCACGACACAAGAGUUCAGACGAAGCUGAUCAAGGGGCGAAGGCACGAGCAUUCCUAAUACAGUCCGGCUCCAUAGAUAUGGAGGCAUUACUAGGUGGCAUGUCUGACGAAUUCUCAAAGAAGAUCGAACAAUGGGAGGAAAAGAAAAGUCAACAGUCUUCUGUGAAAGGAGAGAAAGGGAGAGAAGAGCGAGUGCCACGUGACUCUCGAGAAGUGUCACCAGAGGGCGCUAGCAUAAGCGCCGAGCCGACAGUGGUCAACGUUGAGGAGUUACAACAAAAACUCACUGAGAGCUUUAGUAAAAAACUUGAAGAAUGGGAACGAAUCAAAUACCGAAAGGACAGUGCAAGUCCUCCCCUUGAUACCAAGGAUGCAACAAAGGUCAUAGGUCAAGUUCAUAAGGAUGACAGACAUGGAAGCAGAAAGGUCAAGGCCGAUAAGGACCGCAGCAAGUUAGAACGCCGGCGUGAACGUGAAAUUCAGCGUGUGGAACGUGAACAACAGAAAUUAGAGAGGGACCGGAUUCGGAUAGAGAAGGAACGCCUAAAAGCCUUGGAACGUGAGGCACGUAUUGAAAAGAUGAAAGGACGUCUUAGCCAACCAGACCUGGAAGCUAAACUGAACUCUCCUAUUUAUAGCCCUCUGGGAGAGCACAAAGUUACAACAGAGUUUGCCCGUAAGUUGUACGAGUGGGAACAGAAAAGAGAGGGAGUAUUGUCUGUGUCGGUAGAACAACGCAGCUGUGAGCAUCAGGGGGACAAGAGCAGAGGAGAGGGAGAGGGGGACGAACAGAGACUCCCUAAAGGACAAAAACCUCCCCCCCUAACUUUACAGCCUUGUUUUGACUCCCCGGAGGAGGCUUCACCCGGGGAUAAAUCGUCGGAGGCCAGUUUUGGAGACGAUACCUCAAUAACUGUGGAAAGUAUGACAGAGUCAAAUCUCACAAGCCUGGAGAAGGCUAACUGCCAGUUGAUGGAGCGCCUCCAUGAGAAGGAGCUGGAAUAUGAGGGUCUACAGGAUGAUGUUAAGGGGCUGGCGGAGAAACUCGACCAAGUCAAACUCCAACAUUCCAAGGACAUAGAGAGCUAUACGCAGAAAUGCAUUACAGGUGAGCAGGCAAUAGCUCCGCCCCUCGGACUAGCCACACAGGUACAGCAGCUGGAGGCCAAGAUAGGCGAACUCAAAGACUUUGGCGAGGAUCUCGCUCUGUCUAUGGAGAGUGCAGCGAUCUGCAAAUGGCAGAGCAUUGAGGGACAAGAAAAUGUAAACUCCCGACUUGUACAACUACUGGAACAGAUGAAGGGCGUACUCAUGCAGGCCUCACAAUCAGAGGAGUGUUUCUACACGUCCGACGCCCUGGGGAAUUUUGAAAAAUUGUACGGACAGGCAAUGCAACUUCAGGUCCAGCUAAGCAACCUUAGGUUAAGCCAAUUGGAGCGAAACAAGGAAAUUAUGACCAUGAAACGGCAGCUGCUGUUACAGGAAGCAAAUAACCUCCUUCUCCAAGCAGACAUCACGCGACGGGAAACAGAACUACAUUAUUACAAGUCCCAGACUAAGCGUGGUCCCUCAAUAAAACGGUGGAACACAUUUUCAAUAGUGGAAGGACGAACGGACGAAAACAAAGAAGCUGACAGUGUUCCACCAUACAAAAGAUACUCCCAAAUCCUUAAAGACAGCGGAGAGCCAGCAGUAAUGGCUGCCGUCAUGGAAACACCCUUGCAAGACCAAAGGAAACAGGAGGAUGAACAAACAGCUGGUGGUGCUCAAACUAGGUUUUACCUUGAUAACUUUCCGGAGUCCUCAAGUCCGCAAGUUUCUGAUAGAGUGCACACCGAGAAGGAAAUUGAACGUGUAGAAACUGAAGAUUCUGUCCAGUUGUCGGAAGGACAAGCGAGAGUUAUAAAUGUUUCUCAAAGCCCGGGUGGUGAGAUCCCGAUGGUCAAACUGCCCACUGCUAGCAUAUCUCUACCACAGCCUUACAAGCCCCCACCUGUUCUCCCGCAGGUCAUCCGCCAGCAAGCAAUGAUGUUACUAAGUGGACGCACACCUCGUCCUGAGGACGAAACGCUCACAUCAACUUUGGGCUGCAAAGAGUGCUCUAAACCACCACACGGAAGGGAUCAUAGAGAAGAUUUGAAAAAUAAAUCUAGUGACAGUGAUUUCAGUUUGCCCACUAGACCACCUGCUACUAGUGAAGCAAGUAGUCGUCCGUCUUUGUCGGACUUGACAAGCGACUCCAUGUCACAGUCGAUGGAUGACACGGAGGACAGCUUAUAUGAGACUGACGUCUUUUUCAGUAGUGUCUCAAGUUUGAAGCAGGUUAAGAGUGCGCCAGCUUCACAAUGUGGGCGAGAGUCCCACAGAGAUACUGAACCUGGGAUGAAAGUACGCAUCAGCCCUGCCGUCAGUCCCAUAAUCUCGAAACGCAGAACUCACCCAGCAUCUUUGCCCCGGACCAGACAAUUGUCGCAUGCCCAGCGCAUCCGACCAGCCGAGGAACUGAUGGAGGAGAGUCGAAGAUAUAGAAAGGGACAUUCCGUUUACAUGUCACGCAUUCUACGAAAGUACGCCACCACUGGUCACAUGGAAAAGCAUGCAGAAUUGGUGCUGAAAGGUUACGACAAAGAAAAUGUCACGGAAGGAUAUGUGAGAAGUAUCGUCAAAAAAUUAUCGAGGGAAAGUACCCCAGAAUACGAUAGCAGGAUCCGUGAUAUUGUUAUCUCGUCAUCGCACACAAAGUCUACGUUUGUUCCGAGUAUGGUACAAAAGUUGUCGACAACUAGCGAACCCGACCAGACACGUAGCAGUGUUCCUUUGUCCGAUCUCACAAACGGUGGUGGAAAGAAAGUGAAAUAUCUCGCUGAAGCUUACGAUAGUUCUAGUUCAAUUAGCGCAGCUCAAACGCAGGGUACAUUUCGCCGCUCAGAGUCUCCAAUGGGAUUCUCAUCUAUGCCUACCCUGCAAGUGGAACAAAAAUCAUCUGACUUUGCAUACAGGGAGCGCGCGGCUACCACGGCAACAUGUCAGGAAGACCCUGUCGUGCCUAUAACCGCCGCUGCCACGGAUUCAUCGCCACAGCACCGCAUCCCAUCACACGAACAGUUUCCCAAAUUACACAAAGUUAAAAAGUUAGGUAAAGUUAAGAUGGGUACUAUAGGUUUUCUCUGUCAGCAGACAAUGGUGGACUUGGGCAUCACACAAGUGGCCCAAUGCGAAUCUGUUACUCACCUCAAACUCACAGUGGCCCCGGGGCAAAGGCCUGGGGAGGGGGAGGGGGCCUCUGGUACAAGAAGUGAUGACAGAAGAUCGAGGACUAGCUGGAUACAGAAGAAGUUCUUCAAAACUUCCAAGAGCUGACAUUGACAUUUUAAAAAUGAGGACAUGUACACCGUGAACAGCCUGUAGAUACUACAAGGAUCAACAGCAGCAUAUCUCUGCAGUAUACUUACAGCACAGCUGAUAAUACUACUGAUACCACAGCAGUAUAACUGAUGUAUGCAGGGUAGCUACAGUUCAGCUGAUAACCAAGUAGUCCACUUACAGUAUAUCUAAAGGGGAUUCCAGUAUACUGAUAUACUGACAGAGCACACAAUCAGUACAGCUGAAAUCUGAGUGAAGUAUACAUACAGCUGAAGUGUUAAGUACACAAUAAGUACAGCGGAUACAACUAGUAAGCAUCCAUCAAUACAGUGAAGAUCAGAACGUCUAAUCCCAUCACAGUGUAGAUUCAGAACAGCUGCUACAUUUUUAUAUUUCACUGGAGCAUAGAUUCAGUUCAGCUGGUCCAUCAAUGGAGCAUAGAUUCAGUACAGCUGGUACAUAACUGGAGCAUAGAAUCAGUGCAGCUGGUACAUCGAUGGAGCAUAGAUUGUUCAUCUGGAACAUCAAUCGAGCAUAGAUUCAGUACAGCUGUUUAUCAUUGAAAUAUAGAUUCAGUACAGCUUGUAUAGACCCUGCAGUGCAUACUUUUUCAUUUUACUGCAAUAAAACUGUUUCCAUGGUAACACUUCUAAAAACAGCACCUAGUGCAUUACAUCGGUAUCACUGCAGUAAGCUGUCUGGCCAAAUGUUUGACCAUUAUCAGUGUACGGAAGAAUAUUCUGUAUGGGCAUCGUCAUUAGACCAAAAUAUAUUCAGUCUGAAAUUCGUCAUAAAUUUUCAGUCUGGAAUGUGUGAUAAGGCCAAGAAUUUUCAGUUUUAAAGUGGUCUUAGAUCAGAGAAUGACCAGUGAAUAUUCAAACUGUUAACUAAUGUUAUCAGUAGAGAUAAGACAAUAUUCUAUCUAGUUAUUUCCAAUAUAAAAGAAAUCUUCGUAUAACAUAAAAAUUUCAGUCCGAACUCUCAUAUCUUUUGUUCUACAAAUCCAAGAUUAUACAUGACACAAAUUUAUUUUUAGAAGAGUUCAAUUAUUACAAAUCUUUACAGAAAUUUACAGAAGUUAUAAUAUCUUAGUAAUCUUAACAACAUUUAGUAGUAUAUACAUAUAAGGAAAAUUUUCUAGCAAUAUAUUAACUAUAACCUACUUAAUAUAAGAAGAUGUAUCUUAUAGUUAUAUGGUGGAAUUUCGUUUGUCUGGACUCCCAAAAAAUGGCUUAACACAAAGACAUACCCUAAAAUCUUGAAAAGAAGCCGGAAUUAAAAAUAAGCAACAGAUUCCUUUCCGAGAAAAUCAUUUUGGAAAUAGAGGUUCAUGAAAUAAUGUGUUUUCCAAAGUUUUUCCAAGGCAUAGCUUUAUAAGUUUUGUAUGGUACAAACUAUAAUGUAAUUAAAGAUGCUUUGAUCACAUGUCGGUCACAUGACUCGUGUAUUUUGCUUCAAUCUGCCUUCAAGAUCUGAUGCAGGUAUAUAAUCUAUUUUUAGACUGUAAAGAUGAUUCACACAGAAACUUAGGUGUGAUAGCCUUCUGCUUGAAAAGUCAAGUAAACAUUUGGCAUCUCGAUAUUGUCAUUUUUUUUUUUUUUUUUCGAAAUUAUAUGUACUACAACUGAGCUAGUUACUAAAAACAACUUUCAAAAUAUGACAGUAUUGAAUAUUUUCAAUAUCUUUUCUAACAAAAAUACCAGGAGCGGCUUCAAGAUUUUAGUGUAUAUUUAUAUACAAGAAAUUCAUUACUUAUACAUUCUUGUUUCAAAUAUAUAUUUCGGAUUUUUUUCGUAAGCUGAAUGUCCAGAUUUCCGAAAUUCCACUAAAAAAGCUACAUGAAAUACACAUAUAUUCUUGAAGCACAGAUCUAAUAUGCCAAAUAGCUAUUCAAUUUUACAUUCAUCUCAUUUUUGGUAGAUGGGGAGAAGUUUGCUUUAAAUAUUGAUUGGAAUGUAGAAAUAUUGAAAAAUGUAGAAUCUGAAUCGUUUAACUUUAAUCAGAGUUGGGAAAUUUUCAACAAACUGCAGACUUUUGAAAAUGAAAUUGGCUGUGUAAGGAAAGUGUUAAGCUUCAAGAAUAUUGUCUAUUGCAUGGGAGCAGCAAAUGUACCAUGUACUUACAUGUCAGGGGAGAUAAUUAGGUGAAAAUAUUAAUACAAAAUAUUUAUAUCAUAUACCUGAAUUAUCAGGAGCACUACUGGUUUGUAGUCAUAGUUGAAUAAAUAUACUAAAAUAUAUUCAAUAAUUGACUUCAGUUCAAUUAACAGUUCAGAUUUAAUUAAGAAAUGAAAAUAAGAAAUAUGUUGGACGAAUAUAUUCGAUAAGUGAAUCAUACUGAAUUUAAAACAGCAUUAUUGAAUUUGGAUUUAUUAUCCAAAUGUCCGAGAAAGUCACACAUUGACCGCACAUAGGGUUCACAUAAAUACAUAUCCACCUCAUGAAUACAACAUUUUAUCAUUGUGACAAAAAGCUGCCACACAAUUGAUACAUAAACAUUAUCGUGACCAAAGAUGGCAAAUAUGAGGAGAGACACAAAACAGCUGUUGAAAUGGAAAAUUACGUGGUGUGGAUUCAUUACUGACACCAAAACAUGGGUAUUGCACAAAAUUCAUUGAAUAUGGGAUGCUUUCAUUUCAGUUGAAAUCGUAAAAUUUUCUCUAUUUGAAAAAUCUUAAGUAUUACAUUUGCGUAAUGGAAAAGAUAUUGUUUGGAGAUAUCCUUGUUGAACUUUAUGAAAGCAUACCCUAAUUUUUCAUCGAGCUUUUCAAAUUUGAUGCUGAAGUCACAUACAAAUGUGGUGCUGAAUUCAAAUAUUAAUUUGGUGCUGUUGGUUUACAUACCAAUCGGGUGCUGAUGAUUCACAUACCAAUCCGGUGCUGAUGAUUCACAUACCAAUCCGGUGCUGAUGAUUCACAUACCAAUUGGGGGAUGAUGAUUCACAAACCAAUCGGGUGCUGAGGAUUCACAUACCAAUCCGGUGCUGAUGAUUCACACACAAGCAUAUUGUUAGAGGACUUUGUGCUAGUAGGCAUCUGUCACUCCAGCCUCUUUGAUUUUUGAAAACAUUUUAUGUUCUUCCGGUAGUGCAUUUCUCCUUCAGCCAGACUCUGGUUACAACGCAUCAUUUGGCUAAGCCAAUAUCAAGCUUGUACUUUUUUCAUGCCUUGGUAGCUGUGAUCUCUCUUCUCAUGAUAUUUCGAUGUACUCAUUGCAUGCGAGAUAUGUAAUCAAAUACAGUUCAAUAAAUUAUUAAUAGUAUAA